AUGAAUUCUCUCACCCCCAGCGAAAACCUCAUCGCGGCCGGCCUCGAGGCACGCAUCUUGGUACCAGAUGAUGCCGACUUCACGACUCGUCAGGAAUCAUACUGGUCCAACAGUGCUAAAAUCAAACCCGCAUGUAUUGUGAAACCCCAUACCGCUGACGAGGUUGCCAGUAUUGUUAGGGCACUUGUAGCUGCUGGUCAAAAGUUUGCUAUUCGUAGCGGUGGCCAUACCAAUUGGGCGGGAUCGAACAACAUCGAGGGUGGAGUCACUGUUGACCUCGUUCACUUGAACAAUGUAUCUUUUGACGCUUCCACCGAGACAGUCGAUGUUGGACCUGGCUGCAGGUGGCGAGAUGUUUACUCUCAGCUGAGCAAGUAUGGCCGUGCUGUGGCUGGAGGCCGCGAGGGAAAUCCCGGUGUUGCUGGGCUUCUCCUGGGAGGUGGUAAUACCUUCUUUACAGGAUUACAGGGCUUCGGAUGUGACAAUGUCGUUUCCUACCAAGUUAUCCUCGCCAGCGGAGACAUCGUCACGGCAGAUAACAAGACCAACAUCGACUUAUUCAGAGUUCUUAAGGGUGGCUCCAACAACUUUGGCAUCGUUACGAACUUUACCAUGAAGGCCAUUAAAGUUGAUCGCGUAUGGGGUGGAAUGGUCGUAUUCACCAAGCAGGCUAUUCCUGGAGUCAUCGAAGCCCUCUCUGACUUCACAGAUAACGUGGCCAAUGAUGUUCACAGCAACCUUGUGACUGUCUUUCAAUACCUGCCCGACAUAAAAGACAUCAGUACAGCCGCUGUGUAUGCCAACAUGGAAGGUAUUGAAAAGGCCGCAGCCUACAAAAAGUGGCUCGCCUUGCCUGUAAUUUCCAGUAGGGUCAAAGAUACCACUGUUUCUGAAAUUGCUUCUGAUUAUAAUCUUCCCCCUGAUUACUAUAAUACCUGGUUUACAUGCUGCUUCAAAAACGAUAUCCGAAUCGUCACCAAAGCUUCAGAGCUACAUAACAAACUAGUGGAGGAACUCAAAGGAUUCAUUCCUGAUGGUAACUUCAUCACUCAGUGCAUAUAUCAACCUCUACCAACGGUGUUUGCGCAACGCUCCGUCGAAGCUGGUGGUAAUGUCAUGGGUGUCGAGCGUCAUCAGCACAACGGAAUUCUAUUCCUCGCCAACGUCAUGGUCAAGACCCCUGAACAGGAAGCCUUUGCUCGACCAAAAGUUAGCGAUUGGGUUAAAGAACUGCGUGAGUUUGCAGCCACUAUCGAGGGAGGAAAUCUGGAGUGGACGUAUCUGAAUUACGCCGACAAGAGCCAGAAUCCUCUUGGGAGUUACGGACCUGAAAAUAUCAGGAAAAUGAAGGAUGCGGCGGCCAAGUAUGAUCCUGAUCAGGUAUUUCAGAAACUGGUACCUGGGGGUUUCAAGAUUUCUGAUGUGAAAGACGUAUGA